UCCAUCACUGUCCCCAAGUCCAUCGAGAACUCUCUGAUGAACCUCAACCUCAUCUCCUUUCUCGGGUGUGUGGCCCAGGUUUUCUUCCUUGUCCUUUUAGCCUCUAGAGAGGUGACUCUCCUCACAGUCAUGUCCUAUGACCACUAUGUUGCCAUCUGUCACCCACUCCGAUAUGGGACCAUCAUGAGCCACCAAGCUUGUGAGCAGAUGGCAGCAUACUCGUGGGUCAGCGGAGGUCUCAACACAGUUUUUCACACAGUUGCCACCUUCUCUGUUCCCAUGUGUGGACCUCAUGUGGUCCACCAGUUCUUCUGUGACAUCCCACAGCUGUUUUCCCUUGCCUGUUUCUAUAACAUCAAGGAGUUGGUAGUCAUUGGGCUCAGCCUCCUGUUGGACAUCGGUUUCUUUGUCUUCAUCAAUGUUUCUUACUUCCACACCUUCUCCACCGUUCUGAAGAUAACCUCCAGAGAAGGCCGCUCCAAAGCAUUCUCCACAUGCCUGCCUCACCUGGUAGUGGGGACUCUGUUUCUGUCUUCUGGGUCUUUUGCCUAUUUGCACCCCCUGUCCAAGUCUCCAUCAUUGUUUGAUUUGCUAGUUUCCAUCUUCUACACUAUGGCACCUCCCACUGUGAAUCCUCUCAUCUACAGUCUGAGGAACAAGGACAUGCAGAAGGUGCUGAGGAGACUGCAGCAGAUUUGGUGUCACCCUGCACAUUAA